CUAUAUGCAACCGAACAAAUGACCGAAUGAAAAACACAGUAAAGGGGAAGAAUUUGGGUCUGCCUAGAGUGGUGUAAACGAGGAGGAAGAGAGCUUGUAGAGAGGGUGCUGAGAGGCGCAGCGAUUGCAGUUGUGAAUUGUGAGAGAGUUUACGACAUACCAAUAUCAAUUGUUUUCUUCCUUGUCCCUGGUCUUCUUCAGACUCAGAGUAGCUGCUACGCCUUCUGAAAACUCUAAUUUUCCUAUCUUCCUCUCUUUUAUUUUCUUUUUUUUUUUUUCAAACAACAAGCCAGCAACUUGUGACAACUACUUUCAUAGGAGGAGCAGUCUGUGUUCCGAAGGAUGAGUCUAAUAUCUCAAAAUGUUCCCUUUGUAAAUAAAGCCAAGAAGGCUAAGGGAGAGAAUGUUGAUGAACCUUUGAAUUUGCAAGCUAGUGAAGAUGCUGAACAUGAAAAAGAAUCCGAAGUCGAUAUUUCAAGGAUCAAGAAAAGAAAGAAAGCACGCAAAGAACAGGAUGAGAAAUUAGCAUUAGAACAAGAAAGGGAAAUGAAGAAGCUAGAAAACUUUUUAUUUGGAUCCCUUUAUUCCCCUCUUGAAUUUGGGAAGGAAGAGGAAGAAGCCCAAGAUGGUAUUGAUGGAGGCACCGAUUUUUUCUUUGACCGAUCUGGAAAUGACAUACUCUCUGUUUACGAAGAGGAUGCAGAGGCCUUGGAGAAGAGUAAAGAAAAGGAAGAAAGUAAGUUAAGGAAACCUGUCUGGGCGGAUGAGGAAGAGGAAAGGACCAAGGUUAAUAUUGGUAAAGUCAACCGAUUGAGGAAGUUGAGGAAAGAAGAGGAUGAGAGUUUGAUUUCUGGUCCAGAGUAUGUUGCAAGAUUGAGGGCUCAGCAUGCUAAGUUGAACCCAGGCACAGAGUGGGCCCAACUUGAUUCACGAACAGCAGGUGGUGGAUAUUAUGAUGAUGAAUCAUCAGAUGAAGAAAAUGGAGCAGUACUGGCCCGUACUUAUAAUGAUGUUGAUGAGCUCCUCAGAACGAAUGAGGAUCUUGUUGUGAAAAGCAGUGUAAAAUUAUUACCUGGACUUCUUGAAUUCUCAAGACUAAUAGAUGCUAAUGCACGAGAACCUUCUAAUGGUCCUAUAAAUUCUGUUCAAUUCCAUAGAAAUGCGCAAUUGCUACUUGCUGCUGGAUUAGAUCGAAGACUUAGAUUUUUUCAGAUUGAUGGCAGAAGGAAUGCUAAGAUACAGAGCAUCUUCCUUGAUGAUUGCCCCAUCCGUAAGGCAUCUUUCUUGCCUGAUGGGUCUCAGGUAAUAUUAUCAGGAAGGAGGAAUUUUUUCUAUAGCUUUGAUUUAGUGCAAGCAAAAGUUGAUAAAAUAGGUCCCCUUGUUGGUAGGGAGGAAAAAAGCUUGGAAGUUUUUGAGGUUUCCCCUGAUUCUAGUACGAUUGCUUUUGUGGGUAAUGAAGGUUAUAUCCUGUUGGUUUCGACCAAAUCCAAAGAAAUGAUUGGGACACUUAAGAUGAAUGGAACUGUUCGAUCGCUAGCUUUUACUGAUGAUGGGAGGCAAUUAUUGAGCUUUGGAGGUGAUGGGCAGGUUUAUCACUGGGAUAUGAGAACAAGGUCUUGCUUCCAUAAGGCUGCUGAUGAAGGUUGCAUAAAUGGCACUUCCCUUUGUACAUCUCCUAAUGGAGCAUUGUUUGCAGCUGGUUCAAACAGCGGGAUUGUGAAUGUUUAUAACAGAGAUGAGUUUUUAGGGGGCAAGAGAAAGCCUAUUAAGACCGUUGAGAAUCUCACCACCAAAGUGGAUUUUCUCAAGUUCAACAAUGAUGCUCAAAUAUUGGCUAUUUGCUCAAGUAUGAAGAAGAACAGCUUAAAGUUGGUACAUGUCCCCUCAUUUACAGUAUUCUCAAACUGGCCUCCCCCUAACAUGUCCCUACAUUAUCCACGAUGUUUGGAUUUUAGUCCCGGUGGAGGUUUCAUGGCUAUUGGAAAUGCUGCUGGAAAAGUGCUUUUAUACAAGUUGCACCAUUACAGUCAUGCAUAGAGGUAUGUAAAGGCUCUUACGAUCACCUUGAGCUGUUUGUUGUCACAAAAACUCAGAAAUCUCAUAUUCUCAACUCCAACAGUGUUCUGUUCGAUUAAUUUUGUUUUCUUGGAAUCACCUUGUUAAGGUUUCUCGAAGAUUUCGAAGACUCCUGUUACUGAAGGUCCACCUUUCAUUUAUAUUUCAAGUAUUACAGUUCCAAUUUUGUGGCCACUAGAAUGUUCAAUUAAAUUGCUCGAGUAGACCCUGUUUUUAAUCUUUCUUUCAUGUUCUCGAAAAUGGAGAAACUCUUUUUUGUUUU